AUGUUGUUGUACAACGACGUUAUCAGCGGCGACGAGCUCUUCUCCGACGCCUUCGCGACCAAGGAGGUCGAUGACAUUGUCUACGAGGUUGACUGCUCCUUGAUCACCGUCAAGCAGGGUGCCGAUAUUGACAUCGGUGCCAACCCGUCCGCGGAAGACCAGGACGAUGCGCUCGAGGAGGGUGCGACCCAGGUCAACAACGUCGUCUACUCGCACCGUCUUCAGUCCACGGUCUUCGACAAGAAGUCGUACCUUGUUCACCUCAAGAGCUACAUGAAGGCCGUCAAGGCCGAGCUCGAGAAGUCGAAGCCCGAGCGUGUUGGAGCUUUCGAGAAGGGUGCGCAGACGUUCGCGAAGAAGAUCGUAGCCAACUUCAAGGACUACGAAUUCUACACCGGCGAGUCCAUGAACCCUGAUGGCAUGGUUUGCCUCCUCAACUACCGCGAGGAUGGUGUCACUCCCUAUUUCACCUUCUGGAAGGAUGGCGUCAAGGAGAUCAAGUACUAA